AUGGCUGCCAAUCUUCAUUACCUUCAUUUUCCAGACCAGAUCCUUCAAACUAAAUUCCAAAGCAAACAAUUUAAACCCGUAAUUCGUUCAAAAACAAAUGGGCAUUGUGUGGUAAGUUGCUUGAGUUCGAGUAAUGGGAGAGGGCCAGGUGGUCUGGACGACGGCGUAAAGAGUGUGGAGAAGCUUUUGGAAGAGAAACGCCGGGUCGACCUGUCGGCCGGUAUUGCCUCUGGUAAAUUCACUGUCAAAAAAUUGAGCUUUCCAUUGCAACUGAGAAAUAACCUGUUAAAAUUGGGCAUUCCUAAAGUCGUUGUUGAAUCCUUGCUCAAAUGGACGGGCAGCCUUGAGGAUUAUCCGAGAAUUCCAGAGGCAAAAGGAUCAAUUAGUGCCCUUCAGAAUGAAGCUUUCUUCCUAGCCCUGUAUGAGCUUUACCUAACUUAUGGUGGAAUAUUUAGGUUAACAUUUGGUCCUAAGUCCUUUUUAAUUGUUUCAGAUCCUUCAAUCGCAAAACAUAUAUUGAAGGACAAUCCAAAAGCUUUUUCAAAGGGUAUUUUAGCUGAAAUUUUGGAUUUUGUUAUGGGGAAGGGGCUUAUCCCUGCUGAUGGAGAAAUUUGGCGGCGUAGGCGACGGGCUGUAGUGCCAGCAUUGCAUCAAAAGUUUGUGUCGGCAAUGAUUAGCCUUUUUGGAGAAUCAACAGAUAGGCUGUGUAAAAAGCUUGACGAUGCUGCAUCUGAUGGUGAGGAUGUGGAGAUGGAGUCCCUUUUCUCGCGCUUGACAUUGGAUAUAAUUGGGAAAGCAGUAUUCAAUUAUGAUUUUGAUUCUUUAAAAGUUGAUACUGGAAUAGUAGAGGCUGUGUAUACUGUGUUACGAGAAGCAGAAGACCGGAGUGUUGCACCAAUCCCAUUUUGGGAGAUUCCUAUAUGGAAAGACAUUUCACCAAAGCUAAAAAAGGUGAAUGCGGCCCUGAAGCUGAUUAACGAUACACUAGACGAUCUGAUUGCAAUCUGCAAGAGAAUGGUAGAUGAGGAAGAGCUGAAUUUUCACGAGGAAUACAUGAAUGAACAAGAUCCUAGUAUUCUCCAUUUCCUGUUAGCAUCUGGGGACGAUGUCUCAAGCAAACAACUCCGUGAUGAUCUGAUGACAAUGCUUAUAGCUGGACAUGAAACAUCUGCUGCAGUGCUGACAUGGACCUUUUAUCUUCUUGUGAAGGAACCUAGUGUCAUGUCCAAGCUUCAAAAUGAGGUUGAUUCAGUUCUAGGCGAUCGGUUUCCAACCAUUGAAGACAUGAAGAAGCUCAAAUAUACAACUCGAGUAAUUAAUGAAUCUUUGAGACUCUAUCCGCAGCCACCUGUUCUAAUUCGCCGUUCUAUGGAGGAUGACUUACUUGGAGACUACCCUAUUAAAAGGGGUGAAGAUAUUUUUAUCUCUGUGUGGAAUCUGCAUCGAAGUCCUAACCAUUGGGAAGACCCUGACAAAUUCAAUCCUGAAAGAUGGCCUCUUGAUGGACCUAAUCCAAAUGAGACAAACCAGAAUUUCAGUUACCUUCCUUUCGGUGGAGGACCAAGAAAAUGUAUUGGAGACAUGUUUGCUACAUUCGAGACAGUCGGAGCAGUGGCAAUGCUUGUUCGUAGAUUUGACUUCCAAAUGGCCCUCGGAGCACCUCCUGUUGAAAUGACUACAGGAGCAACAAUUCACACAACCAAGGGUUUGAAUAUGACAGUUACAAGAAGGAGAAGACCUCCUAUCAUUCCAACUUUGGAGCCAACAGUCCAAGUAGGUUCAUUGCUGAACAUUCCAGAGGUGAAAACAGUUUUAGGUCAGAACGACGAAGUUUCCUCUGCCAGUCCUAGUUAA